AUGGCGACCGCCACCGCGUCCGCCGUCAUCGUUCUGUUCCUGUUGCUGCACAUGUCAACGGUCGGCAGUGUCGCACGAGCGGACAUGAUGACCGACAUUGGAACAAGCUCAACGUGGAUCACCGAACCAGAGGGUGGCGUUGCGGUCCGCAGUAAGCCUUACACGUUACAAUGUCAUUCAACCCUGCCGAAUGCCACGUAUCUAUGGAUGUACAACAAUCGAACUUUAGAUCUAGUCAACGACUCGCGGCGUCAGAUUCUUCCCAACGGCUCUCUGUAUUUCAAAACCGUAAGCGAUCCAGUUUUUUCUAUUCUGGGGAGUAGUGGGCUUGAUGAAUGA